AAUAACCGCCAUUUUUUUCUCCUUUUCUCUCAUCCAGAACCCCCGAGACCCGGCUCACUCGCCCCCUUGGAAGGUCGAGAAACCUGCUAGGGAUGGCACGCGCCGCUGCCGCCAACCUGCGUGGCCUGGUCGGCAUUGCAGCGGCGGGCCGGCGGCGGGUGACAGCCUCCGUCGCGACACCCCGCGCGUCGCCCGGCGGGCGCGGAUUCCGGGCCGUGGCCUCAGGCUCCGGUGGCAGGACGACUCCUGAAUCCUCCUCUUCGUCCUCGCCGGCUCUACCACAGCUGCAGCCGCGGCGCGGCUUGGAGACGAGACGAGCGGUGCUGCGUGACUUGAUUAGCGGCGGCUUAGAGAGUGAGGAUGGUAAGCUGAGCUGUGGAUAUUCAAGUUUUAAGGGAAGGAGACCUACUAUGGAGGAUCGCUACGACGUAAAGUUCGCUAAAAUCAAGGGACAGUCAGUUAGUCUGUUUGCUGUAUUUGAUGGUCAUGCAGGACCACUUGCCGCUGAAUAUCUAAAGGAAUAUCUGCUUGACAACCUUAUCAAGCAUCCUCAGUUCCUGAGAAACCCAAAGCUUGCUCUGACGACAACCUUCCUGAAAACUGAUGCUGAUUUCUUAGAGUCGGUAACCACUCCUUAUAGGGAGGAUGGUUCGACAGCUUUGGCUGCUAUUUUGGUUGGUGACCAACUUUAUGUAGCAAAUGUUGGUGAUUCACGUGCUAUCGCUUUAAAAGGUGGCAAAGCAAUCCCACUCUCAGAUGACCAUAAACCUAACUUAAAGGAUGAGCGAGCAAGAAUUGAGAAUGCUGGAGGUGGUGUUAGUUAUGAUGGUUUUACUUGGAGGGUUGAUGGAAUUCUGGCAAUGUCCCGUGCAUUUGGCAACCGUUCAUUGAAGAAUUAUGUGAUAGCAGAGCCUGACAUUCAGGAAACACAGGUCAGCAGUGACUUGGAAUACCUGGUUCUUGCUACAGAUGGUCUUUGGGAUGUUGUGCAAAAUGAGGAUGUUAUUUCACUUAUGAAAGCAACUGACGGGCCUGAGGCGGCGGCGGUGAAGCUGACGGAAAUGGCCCACUCUCGGCACAGCUCAGACAACAUCACAUGCAUUGUGGUGCAAUUUCACGACUGAACGGGCGUAAGAUAACGGGAAUUCAUGGCAGUGAAGUUUUGUCACUUCAGAUAUCCUGAAAGAAUGUAUUCCUCUGAUCUAUGGCUGGUAUAAGACUUAAACAGCUGUGAAAGAAACUGGCCGAUUGGUUGAAUCUUUUUGUAGGGAAUUUUUGCAUCUGAUUAUCGUGAAAUUGCAUCAGAUCCGUUAGGAGUUGGAUGCACAAAAUCUGGAGAAAUCCUCAAACGUGGAACCUGAUGUUACGUCCUUCCCAUCAUUAUUUUGCAGUCUGGUGCAAUAAAAUGGAGAAGGCCAAGGGCAUACUACUA